AUGGAGCCAGCAGGUGAUCCAGGUCACAAUGGUGGUGGGAGGAAGACGAGAAGACGUGUUGGUCAAAGGAAUGGCAGGGGACAGGCACCCCUUCUGAGAGGUGGUCGUGGGCCUCGUUUGAGAGGUGUGGAGGAACGUGGUAGAGGACAAGGCCACGGACCAAGACAGCGGCAACAACAGCAUCGAGUGCCCAAUGAAAUUCGGGCAAUAGUCGUGGACCAUGUCAUGAAUCACGGCAUGACAAUGACUGAGGCGGCUACAGUGAUACAAUCAAACCUCAGAAGGUCAACCGUGGCCUCAAUACUCAGAACUUUCCGCAAUGAGAACCAAAUUGUGACCAGGCCAAAUAGUGGAGGCAGAGGUAAAAUUCUAACUGACCAACAAGAGCAGGCUGUGGUGGAUUUGGUUGGGGCCAGAAAUGAUAUUCGCCUUACAGAAAUUCAUAUAAAACAACUGUACCGUGUGCCUUUCAAAAGAAAUGCAGACAGAGUGAAGCAAAUGAGGACUGACUAUGUUCAGAGGGUGAUGGAGCUGGAUGCUGAUGACGACCAUCACAAAUUCAUAUAUUUGAAUGAGGCAGGUUUUAAUCUGGCCAAGACAAAGAGGAGAGGUCGGAAUUUCAUUGGCCAGAGGGCAACCAUCCAAGUACCUGGACAACGUGGAGCCAAUAUUACCAUGUGUGCGGUUAUAUCAGAAGAUAGUGUGGUGGACCAGACCUCAUGUUGGACCAUAUAA